AUGGCGAACAGCGUAGCACCAGACUCGUGGGAACAACAGGCGGACAGCGCUGACACUACCGCCGACAAUACAUUUAUCGAGGGAAAAUUUUCUACUCUAAAUGUUAACGCAGCUGAAUUUGUGCCUUCAUUCUGCAUAAACUCAUUGCCGCCAAGUAAUGUCACCAGCAACGAGACAACUAGUAAUGCCAGCACGCCAGUUAACGUUGAUAACACCGUGGCAACACCUGAAGCUGCCACGAGUGGUGGUGAUACGCCAGUUGACGAAUCCACCAGUAUCUCCGAAACUAAUGUUGCUACAACCACUUUUGUACCGCCAGAAACCCAUCAUGCACCACCAGUACCAGCCCUUCCACCGGAUCCUGUGGGCAACCGAGUCGAGGAACCUCCUGCCGGAGGAGGACCUCCUCCACCUUCGAACGUCAUUGACCCAGAAGCGAGCAACAGCAGUCCGGAACAUCAACCAGCUGAUUCGUGGGAGGAAGCAGCUGUUGAUGGUGAUCCUCUCAUAACACCAGAAAAUGAAGAGGCGGAUAUUGAAGAAGAUGAAGAAAUGAUUGUAAAGAUAACGAAAAAGAAACCAGUUAAAGUAGCAGAAGAUACGAAGAGCAAAAAAGAGCAUGUAAAUGUUGUUUUUAUUGGUCACGUUGAUGCUGGUAAAUCAACAAUCGGUGGUCAGAUAAUGGCACUCACAGGAAUGGUAGACAAGAGAACACUCGAAAAAUACGAGCGAGAAGCCAAGGAGCGUAGCAGAGAAACGUGGUAUCUCAGUUGGGCGUUGGAUACCAACCAGGAAGAACGUGAAAAGGGUAAAACGGUAGAAGUCGGCCGAGCGUACUUUGAAACAGAGCGAAAACAUUUUACAAUAUUGGAUGCACCGGGUCAUAAAAGUUUUGUGCCAAACAUGAUUGGAGGUGCGGCACAAGCUGAUCUUGCUGUACUUGUAAUAUCUGCGCGAAAAGGUGAAUUCGAAACUGGAUUUGACAGAGGUGGACAGACGAGAGAACAUGCUAUGCUUGCUAAAACGGCUGGUGUCAAGCAUCUUGUAGUUUUAGUUAAUAAAAUGGAUGAUCCAACUGUAGAAUGGGAUGAGGGGCGAUACAACGAGUGCAGAGACAAAAUCCUUCCAUACCUCCGUAAAUUAGGGUUCAACCCGGCGAAAGAUCUUACCUUUAUGCCUGCGUCAGGUCAAUUGGGAAUUGGGUUAAAAGAUCCGAUACCCGAGAGUCUGUGUUCUUGGUACAGUGGGCCACCUUUUAUACCUUUCAUUGAUUCUCUACCAUCGCUCAAUCGUAAAAGCAACGGACCAUUUAUCAUGCCUAUAGUUGACAAGUACAAGGACAUGGGUACGGUGGUAAUGGGCAAGGUCGAGGCGGGUGAAUCUAGAAAAGGUCAAGCUUUAUUAGUUAUGCCAAACAGGACGGCGGUUAUUGUCGAUCAGCUGUGGUCGGAUGAUGAGGAAGUCACGUCUGUUGGUCCCGGUGAAAAUGUUAAAAUAAAGCUUAAGGGUAUUGAAGAGGAAGACGUUAGUCCAGGAUUUGUACUCUGCGACAGUAAUAAUCCAAUAACUACUGGUAAAGUGUUUGAUGCUCAAGUAGUGAUAUUGGAGCACAAGAGUAUCAUUUGCGCGGGUUACAGCGCGGUGAUGCAUAUUCAUUGUGCUGCUGAAGAGGUCACGGUUAAAACGUUGCUUUGUCUUGUUGACAAAAAGACUGGGGAUAAAAGUAAAACGAGACCUAGGUUUGUUAAGCAAGACCAGGUUGCCAUUAUGAGAAUAGAAUGUGCUGGAGUUAUUUGCCUUGAAAAAUUUAAACUCUUUCCCCAAAUGGGACGAUUCACCCUCAGAGACGAAAAUAAAACUAUUGCCAUUGGCAAAGUGCUAAAGGUUGUCGAGUAA